AAAACAACAUAUUAUUUCAAUGAUAACUUUGCCUAGAAUCAUAUUAGGGUUCACACUUUGCGCUCAUAAAGCUGAUAGAGCUUCAUGUUCCAACUUGCUCGAAUUACAAAUGGACUGCCGACUUGUUUUGUUCUAUUUUUUCACAAGUGCUUGCAAUUCUCGCUGAACGGUGACGACAAGUAGGAGUGUGCCCUGCUAAUCGGAUAGAUAAGAGUGUUUUGUUCUGUCCUCUAACUGAAAGUGAACCACAAAGCCGUUUUGACGUCAUGUUGCUCUUAUGAAAUUGCAGGCACCAGCUGAGUCACGCAAGGAAUGUCGCUUCCCGCACGCUUCUUCUGCUCUUUUGUUGUGGCCAACGCAACGCAUGCUCAGUUGGUUUUUAGACGGCCGGCGAAAUACAUGCGUUUCGUGAUGUGUCCAGAUAGUGUCGGGCCACUUGACAGGUCCUCUAGAUGCCAUCAGUUGGAUGGUUGGAAAACAAUUAAGCUGAUAUUUAUGCUGCGGAAAAUGCACACACAGUUUUCAUUAAUUGUUCCAGAAAAAUGGACUUCACUAGCGACUACGCGCAUCGGCGUAUGGUGAAAUUCCUUACGAUCACGCUGAUUGUUUUUAUGACCGCGUUUGGACUCCUGGCCAAUCGAUAUCGCUCGGGCCGUCGUGAGAGAUUCCGCUUCUCAAAGGCCUAUCUGGCCUUCGCUUCGCUAUGGACAACUGCAUUCAGCUUGGUCUACGGACGGCAGAUCUACAAGGACUACCAGCAGGGCCAGAUCAACCUGAAGGACGCCACCACUUUGUACAGCUAUAUGAACAUCAUAGUGGCCGUUAUUAACUAUGUGACACAGAUGCUAAUCAGUGACCAUGUGGCCAAAAUGAUGAGCAGAGUGCCCUUCUUUGAGACUCUAAAAACAUUACGUCUGGACAGCAGGUCGCUAUACAAAUCCAUAGCUUUGGCCCUGGUCAAGACCGUUGUUUUUCCGCUCACAAUUGAAGUGGCUCUUAUACUGCAACAGAGGCGGCAACAUCCCGAGAUCAGCUUGAUCUGGACCUUGUACCGGCUAUUUCCAUUGGUUAUUUCCAAUCUUCUGAAUAACUGCUACUUUGGGGCAAUGGUGGUGGUGAAGGAGAUGCUGUAUGCACUGAACAGACGGCUGGAUGCACAGCUGCAGGAGGUGAAUCUGCUGCAGAGGAAGGACCAGCUAAAGUUGUACACCAAAUACUAUCGCAUGCAGCGAUUUUGCACCUUGGCGGAUGAACUGGACCAGCUGGCGUAUCGCUAUAGGUUGAUAUAUGUGCAUUCCGGAAAGUAUCUGACUCCAAUGUCCUUGUCCAUGAUUCUGUCGCUCGUCUGCAACCUGCUCGGCAUAACGGUGGGCUUCUACAGUCUGUACUACGCCAUAGCGGACACCUUCAUCAUGGGCAAGCCGUACGAUGGACUUGGAUCGCUGAUCAACCUGGUUUUCCUGUUCAUCUCGCUGGCGGAGAUCACAUUGCUCUCGCAUUUGUGCAACCACCUGUUGGUGGCCACCCGAAGAUCGGCAGUUAUCCUCCAGGAGAUGAACCUGCAGUAUGCGGAUUGUCGCUAUCGUCAGGCAGUCCAUAACUUCACCAUGCUGGUCACGGUGACCAAGUACCAGAUUAAGCCCUUGGGCUUAAUCGAGCUGGACAUGCGACUGAUCAGCAAUGUCUUUUCGGCGGUGGCCAGUUUCCUGCUGAUCCUCGUGCAGGCCGAUCUGUACCAGCGCUUCAAGAUGUACUAAC